UUUGUCUUCAGCUAAAAUGCAACUCCACGAGAUUCGAACCCAGAACCAUUCAACUGUGAAGCAGAUUUGCUAACCACUUAAUGCUGUCACAUUGAAACUUGUAAUGUCGAUUAAUUUUAAGUAACAGCCUUUAACACCAACUUCCAGUGGACGAAGGGGACAUUACACCAGCUCAACAAACGGGACAAUUUCAGCAAAAACUCUUAGUUCAUUGGAUAUAAAAAUGAGUUAUUCAGCAGGGUUCAACAUGGAAGACUUCAUUAAAGUGAAAGCAGGUGGAGGCACGCAGGACCCCAAAAUUGAACAGCUGAAGAGCGAACUUGCGAGGCUGCAACAAGGCAAAACAAUCCUGGAAGAGGAAAUUAUGGAGAGGAAAUCAGUCAGUGCGUGUCUGCAGAAGGAGCUGGCUACACUGCAAACAGAGGCCUACCGACUGGAAAGGACCCGUCAAGAAAAGGAAGAAUUGUCACAGAAGCUGCAGUUCCAGUGCGAGGAAUCCAAGCGCGAGUCUGUCAGUCUUGCCGAGCAGAACAGGAAGAGCGAAGAACUCUUGGCGCAGCACCGUUGUGAAAUCCAGGAGCUGAAGCUCAAACGGCGCAAGUUACGGAUGAAGUUUGAGAAUCAACUCCAUCAACUGAUUGAGCUGCACAAGCAACUGCACGCCAUCAUUAAAGAUUCCCAGCCGAAACAUUGAAGCAGAGCAUUGACUCAAGAAUGUGAGACGUUAGAUCGCCUGAUGACAUAAACCGGGAGGAGUUAAAAGUGCACGUUUACUGGUACUUUAAUGGAAGAAGAAAGACAAAGAAAAGAAAAAAAAAAAGAGUAUUUUCCUCCGUUUGUCCCAUGUUGACCCACGGUAACUGUCAAAUGUUCCCCUGCUAAAUCUAUGGGAUUCCCCCCCCCUCUCCCCACUUCAUUUUGUGUUUCAAACCUGUUUAACGUGCAAUGUUGCUCAGUUCAUGUUACGCCAAUGCGUUGUCGUUCAUGUAUUUGUGAAAGUGCACAGACGAACAUCAGUGGCUUGGAAAAGGUUUAAUAAAAGUAUUUGCAGCAUACUUCAAUACUAAAUGACCAUGUAUUCAAAUUGUAUUUAAAAAAAAUAAACAAAUAUGAAUACAAGGUACUUUGAUACUACAGUGUGACAAGUAUUUGUUAAUUAAAAACAGCCAACCAAUUAAUUCUUUUGAAUAUGUACAAUCCCGCAUAUAAAACUGUGCAAAAAAACUAGACCAGCCUAAUUCUUUGGUUUAAUCACACGAUCCGACAGAGGCAUCGUUGA